AUGCACCGUUCGCUGCUUCUGGCCGCGCUCCUCGCGUCGGCAGCUGCGCAGUUCACGCCUGGCACGUGCAACAAGGAGCUAUCGGACGCAGCGUUUGCGUGCGCCAAGCUCUUUCCUAGCCCGUCGGGGUCGCCAGCCGACUCGUUCAACCAGAUUGCGUCGCCCGACGGCCACUUGCGCAUCUGCUACGGCGACGUGCCCGAGUGCAACGACCUCCAGCGGCUCGCGCUGACGCCGGCCGGCGACUGCACGGUCCUGGUCUGGAAGGGCGGGUAUGUCAACCUCAAAACGGUCAUCUCGCCGUGCCCGAACCCGCUCCCGCCGCGCCUCCAGGAGAAGCGGCUCUGCACCGCGACGGGGCUGAUUGCGUCCGAGUUUUACGGCCGCAUUUACACGGACAUUGUCCGCAACAAUGCCAACGAAGUCUUUCUCUACAACGUCACCGCCAAGACGCUCGUCGCCAAGAGCAACGGCCAGUGCCUCGUCGCCGUGCCCGGCCCGCCGCACCCGUACUUGGGCUACGGCGGCGUCAUGACCGUCCCAUGCCAGCCGUCGGCGCCGCUGCAGCAGUGGACCAUCCAGGACCAGCGCGUUGCGGCGACGACCGCCGGGAUGGCCUCCUUCUGCCUCGACACCAACCCGUUCCAGCGCGGAUCGGGCGCCAGCGUUGGGCCGUGCAACAUGGGCGCUCUCUCGACGACAACGUUCGUCGAGUGCGCAAGCCUCACGACCUCCUACAUCACCAUCAAGACGCUCACGACGGGCCACCGCCUCAGCGAGUACUACACCAGCCUGUACGCCAACGCGCCCGCCGACAACUUCAACGAGCUCUUCACGUGGGACAAGCCCAACAAGAUGUUCAAGGUCGCCAGCAACAACCAGUGCUUGGACGCGUACAAGGACGCCAACGGCAAGUUCCAGGUGCACACGUGGGCCUGCGACGUCAAGAACGGCAACCAGAAGUGGAACUUCAACCCGACCACCAAGACACUCGAGCACGCGACCCACACUGGUCAGUGCCUCGACGCCGACCCGACGUACACCGAUCGCCACGCGCAGAUGUGGGCAUGCAUUCCCAACAACCCUAACCAGCAGUGGUCCAUCGACACCUUUUAUGGUUGA